CUCGUGCAUUUGGCGGGUCAAAAAUUCAGCAGCUGAGGGUAAAUCGAGAGCGGCUGAGAAUUCGCCGCUGUGAAGAUGAUGUUUUCAAUAAACAAACGCUUGAAAAGCUCUUCCCUCAAGUUUCGGAGCUUCAUAUUCAGUCAUUCUGUCGUCUCAAGGGAAUCUCCUCUUAUGUUUUGUCACUCUGGACCAAGUGUCUUAAAUCGUGUGUAUUUGCCUGAAGCAACUUUCUUUGUGAGAUUUCUUAGUCAUGGCAACUCCUCAAUUUCCAGAAACUAUCACCAAAUGAGAUCAAUUCCUAGAUUACCGUGUCAAGAUCCUGCAAUGAACACUUUGCUAUUCCCAAGUUCAAUAACUUCCAGGCCUCGUGAAAUCAUUUUGAAAUGGCUCCAUGCUAAGCGGUUCUCUAGUCCAUCGAUGGAGCUGAAUACAGAGAAAGGUGUUGUCAGAUUUAGAUUUGCUCAAGAAACCAAAAAAAGAGUUGAUCAGACAAAGGCAAAGCGUGCCGUGAAGAAGUUUAAAAUGUCUAAAAAGGCAAAAUUGAAUGAACUCAGAUUUUACAGACUGAAGGCAAAGAAGAAAAUGAGAUCCCCAAAUCCUGAAGUUAGGAUCAGAUACAAACUUGACAAGGCAAAACGAAAGGAAACUUGGUUGAUUGAGAAAUUGAGAAAUUUUGAGGUACCUAAAGCUCCAGAUGAACCACAUGAUCCUGAAAUUUUAACUGAAGAGGAGAAAUUUUACUUGAAGCGCACUGGUGAGAAAAAGAAAAAUUAUGUACCGGUUGGGAGACGAGGAGUAUUUGGAGGGGUGGUGUUGAAUAUGCAUCUUCACUGGAAGAAACAUGAGACAGUUAAGGUUGUAUGCAGGCCUUGCAAGCCUGGGCAGAUUCAUGAAUAUGCUGCAGAGCUGACUCGGUUAAGCAGAGGCAUUGUUAUUGACAUUAAGCCAGACAAUACCAUAAUAUUUUAUCGUGGAAAGAAUUAUGUUCAACCAGAUGUUAUGUCUCCUCCAGAUACUCUAUCUAAAGAUAAGGCCUUGGAGAAGUAUCGGUAUGAGCAAUCCUUGGAGCAUACAAGUCAAUUUAUCGAGAAAAUGGAGAAAGAGUUGGUAGAGUAUCAUGAAUAUCUUGCCCGGAAGAGAAAAGAAGAAAAGAGUUGAAGCUAAAGGUUUGAAGUUAAAUUUAUUGAGGGUGUGCAUGCAAUUCCAAAAUCUUUCUACCGCUCAAGGUAGGUGCGAUGUAGGAGUGGAACUGAAAGAGGAAGAGAAAGAACCAUUUACCUUGCAUGGUAAAAAGAGGCUGAGUUAGAUUUUCAACCCCUCAGAAGUUGAAUGAAAGGAGUAGAAUCUCACUUUUACUCUCAUCUGAUCAUGUCUGGGAGAAAGUUAGAUAGCCUUGAGGCACAACCUUUUUCCAAUCCUCAAGCGAAGCUUGGUAUAAGGUUCACAAUUGCGACUUCCGGCUUACUGCACAGAUAAACCAAGCUUGAAUCUUGGAUAGAUUAGUGGAUGUUCCUUCAAAUGAAAGAGUUUUGUCUCUAUAUCUGUUAGCAGAAUUGUUCAACAAAGUGUCUAUAUUGACUGAAGGAGUUCAGGCGGGGAGGUUUGAUGGUAAUAACUAAUAAGGCUUGUCAGUGAAAAGCAAAGGGACUGUCUAAACUUCAUUUUGUCAUAUGUUGCUAUCAGAAGAACUUCAGCUGUGAGCUCUGGACUGUCCGUUCUAAGUAUAUUGCUUAGUGUUACAGUGCGAAGAGUUCAUGGUAACAAGCAGUCCAAAAGCAACUUACGCUUUAAACUGUUAUGCUUUAGUUUUGCAAUCAGUUUGAAGCUUUAAAGGUGUGGGUCCUUUGAUGGCCAAUGUUGCCAUCUCCUUGAACUUCGUUUUCAGGUUGAUUAUUCAUCCUUGUAUUCCGGUAGUAUAUAUGAUAAUACAACUUGCCCCUUGGUAAGGGUUUCUCUUGCA